UGUCAAAUGUGCUGUCGUUCAUAAAAAACGUGUGUGAACACAAAGCGCUUAGUAAACGUAUACGACAUAUUCACAAAGCCACACACGCCGUCUGUUCAUAUUUGUUUUGACUGAAAUAGUUUAUACAUUAAAAGUAUUGGAACAAAAAAAUGGGUGAUAGCGUUGAUAACAAUACAGCAGCAGAAACAGCAAUUGAUGCACUCAAACUGGAGGAGAGUGAUGAUUUUGUUGAUCCAUGGAGUGUACAAAGUCAAUCAGAUACCGGCAUUGAUUACGACAAAUUGAUACAGCGUUUUGGUAGUUCAAAAGUUGAUGACGCAAUCAUUGAACGAUUCGAACAAGUCAUCGGUAAGCCCGUGCAUCACUUUAUUCGUCGCGGUAUAUUCUUUUCACACCGUGAUUUGCACACAAUAUUGCGGCUGAAAGAAGAAGGAAAACCAUUUUAUUUGUACACUGGCCGCGGACCGUCGUCAGAAUCAUUGCAUUUAGGACAUCUCAUCCCCUUUAUUUUUACAAAAUGGUUACAAGAAACACUGAAUGUGCCUCUUGUCAUUCAAUUAACCGAUGACGAGAAAACACUAUGGAAAGACUUGAAAGUUGAACAAUCAAUGAAAUUAGCGAGAGAAAAUGCUAAAGAUAUUAUUGCAAUGGGUUUUGAUGUCAAUAAAACAUUCAUCUUUUCGGAUUUGGAUUUUGUUGGAAAGUGUCCGGCCUUUUACCAAAAUAUGAUUCGAAUUCAAAAAUGUGUAACAUUCAAUCAAGUGAAAGGUAUUUUUGGUUUUGGUGAUUCGGACCCGAUUGGUAAAAUCGCAUUUCCAGCGGUGCAGGCAACACCAUCGUUUUCAUCGACAUUUCCGUUCAUUUUUGGUGAUAAAAAGGUGCACUGUUUAAUUCCAUGUGCAAUCGAUCAAGAUCCAUAUUUUCGUAUGACAAGAGAUGUGGCACCGCGUCUUGGCUUCCCCAAACCGGCACUCAUACACUCCACAUUCUUUCCGGCACUGCAAGGCGCCAAAACGAAAAUGUCCGCCAGUGACACCAAUUCGGCCGUCUUUUUAACAGAUACUCCAAAACAAAUAAAAACCAAGAUCAAUAAGCAUGCAUUCUCUGGUGGUCAACAAACUGUUGAGGAGCAUCGUGCCAAAGGUGGAAACACAAAUGUUGAUGUAUCAUUUCAAUUAUUACGUUUCUUCCUGCCCGAUGACGAUGAAUUGGAACGAAUUCGCGUUUCAUAUACAAAUGGCACAAUGCUUAGUGGCGAACUCAAAGCAAAAGCAAUAGAAACACUACAACCCAUUGUGGCCGAACAUCAAACAAAUCGAAAAUUGGUCACCGACGAUGUACUCGAUCAAUUCAUGGCGAUCAGACAACUUAAAUUCGAUUAGCAAAAUAGUUUUUUUUAUAAAUAUUGUAUUUAUUUAUAUAUAUUUUGUUCACUAGUUCUUCUUUCUUAAAAACAAAAGAAAUGAAGAAAAUGAAAUGCAUUGUCACAAAAUGCAGCACUGGCCUCAUUAAUAUACAUCGCAUUUUGACUAUUGCUUCGGUUAAAUGGUUUAAAACAAACAAAUAUGAUUAACGUAAACAUGAAUAAUAAAAUUGUGUGUUAAACUAAACUGAACUACGUACGGU